AUGUCCUCGCAUGUAACAACAUAUCUGGCUUCACUGCUCCCAAUGACCAUUAAUGUUAAUAACCCAAUUCCGAUGGGUCAUGGUCUAGGCUCUUCAGUGCUGCAGUUUGGCUGGCGUUAUGUUAGGAAAUGUUUAUGGAAAUUUGUGUUUAACGAAGGAUUCUUCGUGUUUAAGGGAGACGACACUGGGAUUUCACAUUCGGAAGAAUUGAAAGAUGAAAAGAACGAUACGAUAAAUAAAUUUUCAACACAAACUGUACCCGACUAG